AUGGCUAUUUCAAAGGAGGGCAAGCUGCGUCUGUAUCGAGCUUCUGCCUCUAUCGACUUAUUCACGAUAGCGGCAUGCGACUCGCAGGCCCGAGUACCAGGUAAGUACGGACAGAGUGAGGGGACCGGGACAGGCGGCCACAACAUGACGUCGUUCCGUCGUUCCAGUUGGCACUUGAACCAUCCAACAAUGAGUUCUCCUGAUCCAGCGGACGAUAAUCUCUUCAAGACGAAUAUGGACGCAGAUACGGUCUCUGAUCGGCUCACGGCCAUAGUUCCUCCGAACCAGGAGUUGCAGACUGUCGUUAAGACUGAAGAGGAGGAGCACCCCUGGCGUGCCAGUCGCUCGCAAGCACUUAAAGUUCCACUCCUGAGAACUUGGGAUUAUAAGUCUGAAAGCCGGCUGAAUGCUGACAACUGUCUGAUGUCAAGAGCGCCGGAACAUCGACUCGAUACUUUCGAAUAUCGAAAGAAAUCUUUGUCUACCCACCUUGACCACAAGCAUCGGGAACCAACCCCGUUUAUCCCAUUCACAACCUCGGCCACAGAACUCGAAGAGUUAGCAAAAUUCAGGGCUGAGCGACCUGGAAGGGGUGCGCAAAAACUGACAGUCGUUGAUCCAACCGUUCGGCUGGCGGCUGGUCUUCCUGUUCUCAAUGCUGCUGCUGAGAUGAACUAUUACGGCAUCCCUGACCCGUACGGAAAAUCGAACCGGUACUAUGAGGACCAUUAUCUCUGUUUGUGGCAGGUCUCUAGCGAUGAGGUAGUUGGGACUUGGGAUUGGGACGUACUUGUUACCAAUAGAGAUUGGUACGACGAGGUGGUGAUGCCUGCUUUCAGGCGCAGAUUGGCAACCCAGCCGCCGCAUGAGGAGCAAGAUGAACUGUCGGCCGAUUUGGCCAGGCUUUCUGUCACAAGCGACCAUUUCGACUCAAUGUAUAGUUCCAGCGGUUCGGACUCGAGCCAUCCCGAGUGUUCAUGGGACACUGAUGAUGAAGCCGAAGAAUCGAAUGCAGCUGAUGAUAAUAUCAGGUUCAUUGAAGACAAUUGGUGA